AGAAGAAGAAGAAAAGAUGGCGCCCCGCCGCUACCAGGGUGCUCCCGGGGAGCUACGGCCGCCCAAGGGCGCGCGGGGACUUUUCUGAGCGCGGUGAUGAGCUCGGGACACCCCGGCCGGGGCGCGGAUAAGUCAAGGCCGGCUUGCUUCUAAGCCAGCCCCCCUCGGGACAUUUCCUCCUCGCCUCGCCAUGGAGCAGUGCAGGGAACCGGCCUCGUAGGAGCCACUGUCCGGCCCCGCAAAUAGCUCAAGGACCAUGGGGACUCCUGACGCUGGGCACAUUUAUGCAGCCGGCGGACACCUGCAGCGAUCGAUGGCAGACUGGGCAGCCAAAAACCAGGACAGUCGGCGAGAGCUGAUGGUUAAAAUGCCGGAAGGACAGUAUGUCCUGUGCUGCUGGACCGAUGGGCUUUAUUAUCUUGGGAAGAUCAAAAGAGUGAGUGACGCUAAGCAGAGUUGCUUGGUUACCUUUGAAGAUAAUUCCAAAUAUUGGGUGCUCUGGAAGGACAUCCAGCAUGCUGGUGUGCCAGGUGAGGAACCCAAAUGUAACAUCUGCCUGGGGAAGACAGCAGGGCCUCUGAACGAGAUCUUAAUCUGUGGGAAAUGUGGACUUGGUUACCACCAACAGUGUCACGUUCCACUGGUGGAGAGCCUCGAAGGGUCUUUGGUGACACCAUGGUUUUGUCGGAGGUGCAUCUUUGUCCUGGCUGUGCGGAAAGGCGGUGCGUUGCGGAAGGGAGCGAUCGCCAGGACGCUGCAGAUGGUCAAAAUGGUCCUAUGCUACAAUCCGGAGCAGCUGGAAUGGGAUUCCUUGCACAGAACGAAUCAACAGCAAUGUUACUGCUACUGUGGUGGUCCCGGCGAGUGGUACCUGAAAAUGCUGCAGUGCACUCAGUGCCGACAAUGGUUUCACGAAGCUUGCCUGCAGUGCCUUAACCAUCCAAUGCUGUUUGGAGAUCGAUUUUAUAUUUUCUAUUGUACCGUGUGUAAUCAGGGCCCAGAGUACCUCAAGCGCUUGCCUUUGAGAUGGGUUGAUGUCGUGCAUCUUGCCAUCUACAACCUGGGUGUGCAAAGUAAGAAGAAAUAUUUCGACUUUGAGGAAAUCUUGGCCUUUGUCAAUCACCACUGGGACCAUUUUCAGCUUGGGAAACUGACUGCAACUCCUGUGGCAGAACGAGCCCCCCUCCUUCUUGAUGCACUAAACAGUUACAAAAGCAGGUUUCUGUGUGGGAAGGAAAUCAAGAAAAAGAAAUGCAUCUUCCGCUUGCGGGUUCGGGUCCCCCCUAAUCCUCCGAGCAAAAUCCUCCCGGAGAAGUUUGCAGGACUGGUCAGCGGCAGGACGAGCGAGCCGAAGAAAACAGGAAAACUCAAAUACUGCCACAAAAGCAGUUUGCUACCGCACCAAUCCCAGCACGACAGGAGAAGGAAAAGGUCCAAAUUCCUCCUGGAGGAUGCAAUUCCAAGUAGCGAUUUUGCCUCUGCUUGGAGCACUAACCAUCACUUGGCCAGCAUCUUUGAUUUCUCCCUGGAUGAAAUUCAGAGUCUAAAAAGUGCUAGCUCAGGCCACGUUUUCCUCUCCGACGUAGAUUCCGUGGACGCCGCCAGCACGUCGGGGUCAGCCUCAACUAGUCUGUCCUGUGAAUCGAGAAGGAACGUCGGGAGCCGGAAGCGCAAACUGUCCGCUAAAACAUACAUGGCCCGAGACGCCAAGCAGAAAUGCUCUGAGCAUCCUCAAAGGAUUGGCCCCGGCUGCUCCUUGGAGGACAGUGAGCCAGCCAGCAGUCCGGACCGCCCAGACAACGCCAUUGACUGCCACACUUUGGAGAGCUUGAGCGAAGAUGACUUGUCCCUCUCCCACCUCAAGUCAUCCAUCAGCAACUACUUUGGAGCCACGGGACGGUUAAUUUGUGGGGAGAAAUACCAAGUCUUGGCUCGGAGGGUGAGCCCGGAGGGAAAAGUGGAGUAUCUCAUGGAGUGGGAGGGCAACACCCCCUACUGAUGUGUGCCGGGGUCUGGCCCAUGGAGCCUUAAGAAAGGAACAGGGUGGGGAUGGGGGAACCAACUCCUAGAGUUGUACGAUCAGGUGGCAAAGCCAGAUUUGCCCUUCGCUUCCGUGGAGAGAGUCUGUUUAAGGCCAGUUUUGCAGCCUGUCCAAAGAUCCUUGUUGUAAACCCUAAAUGGGCCCUUUGGGUCGGGCUAGGAAAGAUGGAGGUUGGGCUAGGAAAGAUGGGGCAAUACUUGGGUGGCCAAACAUUGCUCAAUCUUACCUCCGCUGGGCCUUAGGGGCAAAAGAAGGAAUGAAUUCCCAGGGCGGCCCUGUAGAGACUUUACCACCUGGGCAAGAUGGGCCGCAUCCAAGGUGGCGUCUCUUUUCCCCCAAGGUGGUGAAGGAGAGUGAGAGGCCAUGCAUCCAUGGCGUCCAAGGGGGUGAGCAAAUAGCAGUGGCUAGCACAUGGAGUGAGCAGAGGGUUUGCAGUGAGGUGUAAAGCAGGCGGAUAUGAAGGCUUGUGUGGGAAGGCCUGUAAGAAUGCAGCCAAAGGGCAGAACCUGGGCACCCCUCCGAGCUGGGUGUGCCCCCAGGAUCCCUUCCCAAGCACAUUUUUUAAUGUGACAGAAGUGGGGAAUUAGAAAAUGCACUAGAGACAUAUGUAUGGAUUCUCCUUAAGUUGAACUUGACAUUCGGUUGGUGAGGCUCCAACCGUGUCUGUUUUGGCUUGAUGGUUUUUGGAAUACGCCUCCCCCAUCCAAGCUACAUACCGCCUCGGGCCAAGAAAGGUUCUGCGCCAUCAACGUUGCAUCUUUUCGCGCCUUGGGGAGCUUCAGUUUUGCCUUGGCUCCGAGCAGACCUGCCGCCAUUUUGCCGUUCUCUCUCCCCAUUCAAAGCACGGCGAUCGUUUUGCUGGGUCAUCAGGAUUUUUUGUAACCCUGCCCGCGAAGAAGCACUUGAAAAAUGGGGCUGAGAAACAUUCUCACUAGACUCCGAAAUAAGUAUUAAAAACAAGAUGUCCUCAGCCUCCCAACAGCUGGAAUUCUUGAUCCUCUGCUAGGGGGUUUUGGAAACUGGUGGUUUAGAGCCAGAAUUUUUCUUUGGAAAGAGCUGUGUAGGGAAUUGGUCUGUGGAAAGAUCCUCAUACCGUGCACAAGAAGCUGGAUUUCCCAGAACCUCUUAGGCUGUGAGCAUAAAUGGGCAAGGUUGGUGUGACCUUCCAUAGGAGGCUCAUUUAAAGCUAGCCAGGGCGUAGCUCCAGUGGGAGUUUUGGGGAUGAACAGUUUGGACAAUGGAGAGACAGAACCUGCAUCUCUUCCUCCUUAGACUGAAGGUGGCACCUUGAAGGUUUAAAGAAGUUUCUUCCUCCCCCUGUAAAAGAGGCUUCUGCUUUUCUACCUCGUUCUAAGGGUGCUUGAGAAUUUCUUUCAAAUUUCUCUGGGUGUUUUUGAGCUGACCCUAUGGUUGGAGGUGAUGGAGAGGGCAACUGCUGGCUGUUUUCUGUUAGGUGCCUUUUCAUGAUUUUGUAUCCUCCUUGGCUGGUCGUACUUUCUGAGUCAGAAGAGCCUCCUGGGCUGAGUGCCAUCCUUGUAUCUCUUCUUGCCGAAGAAGCCAGAGAGACUGCAGAUGGUUGAGAGAGGAUUUUCUCUUCUCCCUCUUUUCGUCCUUCUGCAGCCUCCUGAAAUCCAAAUCUGAAAAAUAUCCUGGAGGAGUUUCUUCUGUUGAGGCUCAGUAGAGAGAUGGGAAGCCAAGGAGGCUGCAGGCAGCUGGAGAGAGAAAUCUAUGAAGAAAGGCAGGACCUCACUUACCCCUUGACUAUGAAAUAAUACAAAAAUGGCACCCUUCACCCAAGAGAACAUCAUUCACGUUCUCUUCUCCUUUGAAGGAAACUUCAAGUACAAUUUCUUCAUCUCUCCAAUUUACAAUGGUAGAAAGAAAUGCAGGAGAAACUUUUAGCAGGGCACCUAUUAUACUGCAGGUAAACUUGAUUACAGUGACUACAAGUGAUGAAUCCCUCCCUCCCUCCCUCCCUCCCUUCCUUGCCAAAGCCAGCAUCCUUAUGUCCUGUGAGAAAAUGGAGCUGCUGACAUAAAAUCUACACAUUCAGGAGUACGAAGUGGUAAAACCCUGAUCUGGAAGGGUGACCUAGGUCAUUGAGGCUGCACGACAGGGUUACAUUUUUUAGUUGUCCUCUAUAAAAUAAUUCUUUAUGUGCUGAAAAGCUAGCUUAUCAGGGUUCUAAAAUAUUCCUCUUGAACUGGCCCAUUGGGUAAGGUUAGUGAACUGAAGGGAAUAUAAUGUCCCAUAAAAAGAGGUUUGCAAUUUUUUGACUGACUUGGAUGAAAGCCUGAAAUUUGGCUUUUGCAUUUUAAGUGACCAAGGACCCUUCUUCCCUUUUACAAGUGCCUAUAUACUGAAAAGGCAAGGGGGUGGGGUGGGGGGGUUCAGAGAGAAAGAAAAGUUUGAUUAUGAAGUCGUGUCUUUUAUCGUUUGAAAUGCAGCGACAGAAUAUAUAUUUCUGUUAUCAUCCCCAGAAGAAAAGAUUUGCAGAGCAGUUCUGAAUUUAGUUGCAUUUGUCUGCUCCUGUUUGCACAGUUUGGUUCUAGGCCCCUACAGACAAGAGAGGGCCUCUAAAAUAUACAUUCUUUUUCCUCAAGAGGGAUUCAUUUGUAUUUUUAAUUAUUAUAAUUAUUAUUUUUGCAUUGGUUUGGACUGAUCUUGUAAAUGCUUCUGUGCACCUUCAGGGUCUCAAGGCUGCUG